AUGAAUGCCUCAAUAGAAAGUGUCAAUUCAAAAGACAUUCACGAAUUGUCUGUAAAUUCCGUGAAAUACUAUUUAUACGACUAUUGGCUUAAGGAAUGCGAUCCCAGGACUCGUAUGCACUUCAUAUCACGCGGUGGGCCCGAGAGAUGUCUGGCCAUCAUGUUGUUGUGGUUACUGUUUGUCACCAGAAUUGGACCAAAUAUGAUGCGAAACCGAAAGCCAAUGGACUUACGGUCGACUAUGUUUGUGUACAACACUUUUAUGGUACUAUUGAAUGCCUACUUCUUCGUGUUGUCCCUCCAAUGGCUUAAUUACGGCCAAAAGCUACUGGAGUUUGAGUUCCCGGCCAGAGAUGACUACAGUCGGGAAACUCUGAACCAAAUCGAUGAACAUGUGAUGUACUGUUACACCAAAUACCUGGACUUAUUCGACACAAUAUUCUUUGUUUUACGCAAAAAGAAUACUCACAUCUCAUUCCUCCACGUCUACCACCAUUUCGUGGUACCAUUGCUAGCCUGGGUGGUACUGAAAAUAGCGCCGACAGUGAUCCCGAUCGGUGUGUUUGCAUUACUCAAUACGUUUGUCCACACAUUCAUGUACUCGUAUUACGCGUUGUCGGCAUUUGGUCCCAAAAUGCAUAAGUAUUUGUGGUGGAAGAGGUAUAUCACCAUCGCUCAGAUCAUACAGUUUGCUAUAUUCAUCACAUACGGUAUAUUCAGUAUAUUUUUGAGUAAUGGCUACCCGAGUGGUCUGUAUUGGUCAGAAAUCAUAUGUAAAGCCAUCGAAAGACAUGAUUCACAAAAUUGA